UUAAGAUACGGGGGAAGCGACCUUGUGUGUGUGUGUUUUGACGUUUGUCUCCUUUACCCACGGCUCUCUUUGGUGACGUAGGCGCGUAACCCCGCCCCAUCUCCAGGGGGACAGUCCGCUGUGGGAGCGGCGAAGGCAGCUUCUUCUUGGUCUUUCUCCUUCCUUCUCCAAGAUGGCCGCGCUAGGUGUAAACAAGGUCGGGGCUAGUGCGGGGCUGGAUGCCGGGAGCAGGCAGAGCCGGAGUCCGGCCGGGCCUGUGGUGAAGGUUCUGGAAUGUGGAGUCUGUGAAGAUGUAUUUUCACUGCAAGGAGACAAAGUUCCCAGACUGCUUUUGUGUGGUCAUACAGUCUGUCAUGACUGUCUCACUCGACUUCCUCUCCAUGGCAGAGCAGUUCGGUGUCCCUUUGAUCGGCAGGUUACUGAAUUGGGAGAUUCUGGUGUAUGGGGUUUGAAAAAAAACUUUGCUUUGUUGGAACUCCUGGAACGACUUCAAAAUGGGCUUGGUGGUCAGUGUGGGGCAACUGAAGAAGCCAUUGGCCUCUCUGGAGAGUGCAUUGUCCGCUGUGAUGAAGAUGAAACACAUCUUGCUUCAGUAUACUGCACUGUUUGUGCCACUCACCUGUGUGCAGAGUGUUCCCAACUCACACAUUCCACGAAGACACUUGCAAAACACAGACGUGUGCCCCUUGCUGAUAAACCUCAUGAGAAGACCAUGUGCUCUCAGCACCAAGUCCAUGCUAUUGAAUUUGUGUGCCUGGAAGAAGGGUGUCAAGCCAGUCCUCUCAUGUGUUGUGUCUGCAAAGAAUAUGGAAAGCAUCAGGGUCAUAAACACAGUGUUUUGGAACCAGAAGCAAACCAGAUCCGUGCUUCCAUUUUAGACAUGGCUCACUGUAUAAGAACUUUCACAGAAGAAAUAUCAGAUUAUUCUCGGAAACUAGUUGGAAUAGUUCAGCAGAUAGAAGGAGGAGAACAGAUAAUUGAAGAUGGAAUUGGAAUGGCUCAUACAGAACAUGUCCCAGGUACUGCAGAGAAUGCUCGUUCAUGUGUACGAGCCUAUUUUUCUGAUCUUCAUGAAACCCUCUGCCGCCAAGAAGAAAUGGCACUUAGUGUGGUUGAUGCCCAUGUGCGGGAGAAAUUGAUCUGGCUUAGGCAACAGCAAGAAGAUAUGACUAUUCUGUUGUCCCAGGUUUCAACAGCUUGCCUUCACUGUGAAAAGACAUUGCAGCAGGAUGACUGCAGAGUGGUCUUGGCCAAACAAGAAAUUACAAGGCUUCUAGAAACACUACAAAAACAACAACAACAGUUUACCGAGCUUGCAGACCAUAUACAACUUGAUGCUAGCAUUCCAGUUACUUUUACAAAGGACAACAGGGUACACAUUGGGCCAAAAAUGGAGAUUCGGGUUGUAACUCUGGGAUUAGACGGAGCUGGCAAGACAACCAUUUUAUUUAAGCUGAAGCAGGAUGAAUUCAUGCAACCUAUUCCAACAAUAGGUUUUAAUGUUGAAACUGUAGAAUAUAAAAAUCUGAAGUUCACUAUUUGGGAUGUAGGAGGUAAACACAAGCUGAGGCCUUUGUGGAAACAUUAUUACCUCAAUACACAAGCGGUGGUGUUUGUUAUUGAUAGCAGCCACAGAGACAGGGUCAGUGAAGCACACAAUGAACUUGCCAAACUGUUAACGGAAAAGGAGUUGCGAGAUGCUUUGCUGCUGAUCUUUGCCAAUAAGCAGGAUGUGGCAGGGGCACUUUCCGUAGAAGAGGUCACAGAAUUGCUGAGUCUGCACAAACUCUGCUGUGGUCGGAGCUGGUACAUUCAAGGGUGUGAUGCCAGAAGUGGCAUGGGACUGUAUGAAGGACUGGAUUGGCUCUCGAGACACCUGGUAGCCGCAGGUGUGCUGGAUGUCGCAUAAGGUCCUCUUGAGAAGCGUUAAGCUUGAAGAUCACUUAAUUUAUUUGUGUGACUUGAGAUGGUCAAACACGAACUUUUCAUCUAAGGCUAUGUAUUCUAAAGAAAACAACUAACAUUUUUGCUGGAAUGCUUAUUGGAGUGUGGUACAGUGAGUGUGUAAUUCCUGUAAAUUAUGGUAAUUUAAUAGUGGUGUGGUGGAUUUGCAAGAAAGGUGCCUUGGUGUUGUUGUUUUUUUAAGAAAUGAGAUUUGAAAGGUCUUACACUUCCCUAUUAAGCAACUAAUUUAUCUUCUCACAAGUACUUUAGGAACUUAGCAUUUAUUUGACCUUGCUCCUUUCAGAGUUGGCCUUGCUGCAUUCGCUUUUUCUCAGAUCUCACUUGGGCACGCAGGCACACACAAGCCACUUCUUGAUAAAAAGAAAAAUGAAGUAGACAUGGUGCCGGGUUGGGCAUAGAGCCUAUGUACUUGUAGAUGUGUGUGCAUUUCGUCUGGGUACCUUGUGUAGCUUGCAGAUGUGAGAGUGUGGAAUGGGCACACCUACCAGCGGCAAGUGGUCCUUGGAGUUGGUGAAUGCUGCCAUCAGGCCAAAAGACCUUUGCCAUCGUUACUCUAUAGCUCCAAAUAUUUCCUCCCCCCCACCCCCCGAAGCUACUGCAACCAAACUCCUUCAAAGUUUCAUUGUCGUUUUCCUCCUUCAUCUUCCAUUUUAGAGGAAAAAACAUCACCUUGCAGAAGGAUUAGCAGUAAUGGAUGCUGGAGUUUCUCAUGCUUCUCUUGGGCCCGGGUUAAUGGCCGGUCAGGUCUCCAGCAAUCCAAGUGUAGACCUAAAUGUGCCCUGGUUAAAAUCUAUCCUCAGUUGUACUUGUUUUGACUGAGGUUGUAAGUGGAUGUUGCCUAAAUAUACAUUUUUAGUGACUUUUGGGGGGAAAUUUAUUUUAAUCAGCUUCAUAAAAUCCUCCUUUCCCUCCUUCAUUUCCCUCCAUAUGUACAUUGUGCCAUGCAGGCAACUUCUGAUCUGGUGGUACAUGAUUACAUACCCCUCUUUCCAUAAGAUCAGUAAUGGUUUAUUUUCAGUUCUUGAUGGGAAAUCAUGUACAGUUUUGGAAAGCCGAAGUACCUCUCUUGCAACUCCCUAUAUAAGAAACAUUGAAGCACAAUUACACUGUCACAGUGGCUGCACUUUUACUCAAAUCUGGGGUAAGCUUUGCCUUCAAAACUUCUUUUCAGCUACAGUUCUAAGGUGGAUAGGCUUGUAUAUAUAUUUUCUAACGUCAGAGGAUCUGUGAAUGGGGAAAGCUCUGUAACAAGGAUCUGUAGCAGUUUAUCUCAUUAGCCUUAAUCAGUUUAUCACUUGGUUAGCUGCUUGAGCACAUUGUGUUUUGCAGGUCUGUGAAAUAUUUAACCCAAUUACAUGAAGACAUCAGUUGUUAGCAUUUGGAUUCAUCCUUUUGGACAUUCAGUCCACUGAGGAAAGAGGAUGUGUGUCUUUGACAGGAAACUCGAGUUACAGGACCCAAGUUGUGUAACAUACAUCUGGAUAACCUUCUGCAGAUACACCAAUGGAGGAAUUGUGUGGAGCUGUGUGAGGAAGUUCCCUGUAUAUUAUACCAUGAAGAGGGCAUGUAUGUGGUUGAGUAAAAGUUCAGAGUUCAAAUGCUGAUUCCACGUUGCUGUGGUCACUAGUCCCCAGGCUGCAGCAGGCAGGGCUGAGGCAGGCAAAUUUGACUGCUGGUCCUGGCCUAAAAAGGAUAGUUCUGUUUUUUAAAUCCAGAUUCUCUCCCCAAGCAACAUAGGAAUUAAACUUCAUACCCUUCUAAUUGUGCUCUCAGCACAAGAAUUUCUGCUUGCCGGACAAAAUUACCCUCCCUCUCCUUCCCAUGGACUGUUCCAGGGGUUUUACCAACCUUCCAGAGCAGAUUCGGGGAAGGAGGGGGGAAGCUGCAUUGCAUUAAGCAGGAGUCCUAGUGCUAGCUUCCAUUGACAAGCUGGGUUAGUUGAAUCUGGCCCGUAAUGUUCCUUUCAGAAACCCUUUGAGUAGACUGUUUUCCCUAUGUUGGUUCUAGAUAACACAACUAAAAUUAGAUCAUUAUAACUAGUAAUUAGAUAAUCCACAUGCAACAUGUGUUUACUUCAACUAGAGGUCUGUUCAAACCUUAAUCCUGAAAUGGUUGAACGUGUUGCUUUUUGUAACCAGCUAUACACAUUGAGGGAUGCAGCGCAAGACCAUGCAUAGGUUUUUUUUGGGGGGGGGGAGAUUAAGUUGCACUGUGUCCAGUGAGGCCUGUUCCUGUGUAAUUGAAUGCAGGAUUGCAGAACUACCUUUCCAACCUUUCUGAUGAAAUGUUCCUGGUAAGCUGAUCUAGAAAAAUGUUACUAAGGGCCCUCAAAUUCUUUACAAGUAUAAGACUCCAAAGUGUCUGAAUACCUUGAAAGCUUCAUGCAGUGUUCAGUUAGGAAGGAAUAUUGCAUAUAGUAGGCUGCCACAAAUUCUAGGUCUGAUUUGAAGCAUGAGAAUUCUGCUACAUAGCUGAGAUACAGUUGUUGCCAUGAUGCAGUUCCUUUCUCUUCUGGCUCUUCUAGAUGAAGCAGAUACUUACAACCACUCUCACUUUAACUAAAAUCUUGUUUGCUGAAUCCUGCUUUGUUACAACAAGUGGCUAUCACUGCCCAUACAAGAGACCUUUACCCUCAAGGAACUUUCCUCUGCCUCAAUGAAUAACCUCUUCACAGCAUACCACAAACCUAGACUGGAUGCAUUUAUGUGCAAGGCCUAGCUGUGUGUGUUUGAAAUAAUUUGGAGACUUUUGACUGCAUUUCAGUGAGGCCAGGCUUUCACUUAUUUAUACCCUUUUUAUUUUUCAACACUAUUCAAAUGCAUGACAACACGUGAUAAUGCAGCGGUUGGGAAGGGUAAAUGUGAAUUGUUCUUCUGUGGCUUUAAUUGCUGUAGCGUUAUUGUUCUGGGCUCUCCUUGUAAAACACUCAAGAUGUUUUAGGACAUUGGAUAAAUACUUGUUUUUCAAAAACCUGUUUGUUCCUGUCAAGCUCUACUAUAAAUGUAGUGGGCUUGCAUUGAAAGUAUUGAAAUCCACUUAAGUGACUGUGAACAUAAAUGUUGCAUUUGUUUGAAUUCAAACAAUUACCAGAUAAAAUUUUAGCUGCUUGUUUGUACUGUAUAUAACAAUUUCAGCUAUAAACUUCAAGCUUGUUUCAUAUGAUGUUGAGCUUCAACUCAGUUUAGUAUACUGAUAUGUGCUAGUUUUUAAGAAGUGUUUCAACUCCAAGGAGAUUUUUAAAGGUUAGCAUAAAAGCUGUAUUAAGAACAGACAGUUUGUAAAACAAUUGGGUCAUAGUCUAGUUUUAACUGUGAAACUAAAACGCAACAUUCAGUGACAAAUAAGUGACAAUAUUAACGUAUUGCUUUAAAAAAUAACGUAUUAAUGUAUAGGGCUUCAUUCCUUGACAUACUCCAGCUUUUAACUGUAUGUAAUGAAUUCUUUUCUAAUUGUGAAUUGGGAGUGGAUGGAAGUACUGAGAGGGGUUAUAGCACCAAGAAUUCCAUGUUCUGGGGCUACACAAGGUAUAAAAUAGCUCACAAAACAAUGUUGGAUUAAAAAAAAUUGAUGGUGUGAUUUUAAAAUGACCCCCUAACAAUAAAAAUUCUCUAACCA